AACAGUAAGAGUCUGAUCAGUGAAGACCGACAGCGUACCAUUAUAUCUUACGAGUUGAAGUGGACUCCGGCCUGCCCUAAACUUGUGCGAGAAGCCUCGGCUUAAAUUUCUUCUCAUCUUUGCAAAGCACUCCCAUCGAUCUCUUUGCCAUUUUCUUCAACCUUCUCCUCUUUCGCAUUUACUCGUCGCCAUGUCUGUCGAUCUCACAAAGCUCGAAUCUCACCUUGCCAGCAGGUCCUACGUCGAGGGUUACACUCCAUCGCAGGCCGACGUCCACGUUUUCAAGGCCCUCUCGUCUGCCCCGACCGACCAACCCAACGUCGCCCGGUGGUACAACCACAUCAAGUCUUACUCUUCCGAGUUCGACACUCUCCCAGGUUCCAGCAAAGCCGGCGAGGCCUUCCUUAGCUCCGGUGCUGCACCCGCUGCAGAGGAAGAAGAAGAAGUCGACCUCUUCGGUUCUGAUGAGGAGGAGGAUGCAGAGGCUGAGCGUAUCAAGGCUGAGCGUGUUGCUGCUUACCAGGCUAAGAAGGCCAACAAGCCCAAGACGAUCGCCAAGUCUGUUGUCACCUUGGAUGUGAAGCCCUGGGAUGAUGAGACCGACAUGGCUAAGCUGGAAGAGUCUGUUCGUUCCAUCGAGCAGCCAGGUCUUGUUUGGGGUGCCAGCAAGCUUGUGCCCAUUGGCUACGGUAUCAGGAAACUACAGAUCACCGUCGUUAUUGAGGAUGAGCUCGUCUCUCUUGAUGACCUCCAGGACAAGGUCGCCGAGUUCGAUGACUACGUCCAGAGCUCUGAUAUCGCUGCAAUGCAAAAACUUUAAACGUUUCUUGCCUCAUAUUGUCUCUCUGUGUUGUUUAGAUAGAGUGGGAGGUUCGAUUGUCGAGAGGUAUCAUUCAAUGUGUAACUAUCAAGGAAGAAAUCAAAUGUAGCUUUAUCGU